AUAAAAUGAAUUUUAGAAUAGAUGUAAAAUAAUACUAAUAAAAAGAACCAGAAGCUCCACCAGAGUUGCCGAACCUGACGCCUGCAAAACGGGUGCACCGUCGGCCCUUCCCCUGUAAAACGCCACACUUUGGCAACGCAGGCCUCCGGUGCGCGCGGGGAGUGACGUCAUCGGCGUGUUUGCGCACGCUGGCGUGACUCGAAGGCCGAACAGUCCCUCGGCUGCAGUGGGAAUGAAAAAGAUUGUUGUAUUUAGUGAGGGGAAGGGGAUGAAGACGUUGGUCACGCUGCUUGCGUCCUGCUUUGCUUAAUAAGAUGAUUUGCUGACAUCAAGGCUCUCCCAGCAGUCCUGAUUACUUUUGGACUUAAGAUCCAUGCAGGAAUUUGUAGUCCAACUAAUUCUGGCUGCAGUCCAACCCCCCCUCCAUCUUCUUCAAAGCCCCCCCCCCCUACUUGUACCAUUAAUUGGAUACGUUGUCCUCUCAUCUUCUCCCGGGAGAGACAAAGACCCCGCGGGGGGUGGGCUGUUGACACCUCCUGGUCCGGACGGCUUUAAAAGGAGGAGACUGUGUUUGGGGGGGGGUCGCACCACCAUUCACCUCCCGAGCCCCAGGAUGCAGGUCCCGAGCAGAGCCGCUGGAUACUCCGCGCGUAAUUACGCACCGGCGCCGGGGAAGUCCUUCACCAUCGACGCGCUGCUGGCCAAGCCGGACCAGCCCGCCUCGGACCGGGUGUGGCCCUGCGGGGUCAAGUACCCACCGGGGCCGAAGAACCACAUGACGUUGCCGCUGGCCCCGGCUCCUUCUUACGCCUACUCCGCCAACCUCCUGGCCGCCGGAUACUCGCUCUACUGCUGCCCGCCUUUCGGCUACCAGACCUCAUGCCGCGGAGCCUUUUACGCACAAGCCGCCGCGGCCAAAGUCGACGCCUUCAAAGCCAAAGGGGGCAAGUCCAAACGCAUGCGCACCAGCUUCACCAGCGAGCAGCUGUCCCGCCUGGAGAAGGAGUUCGCCCGCCAGCAGUACAUGGUGGGCUCGGAGAGGUUCCUCCUGGCCGCCGCCCUGCAGCUGACGGAGGCCCAGGUGAAAGUCUGGUUCCAGAACCGGCGCAUCAAGUGGCGCAAACAGAGUCUGGAACAGCAGCAGGCCAAGCUGGCCAAACUGGGCUUGGCUGUGGUCCCCAAGAGUCCUGGUUCUCAAGGCCAUGGCGAGGAGGAGGAGUUCUCGGACUCUGAAGUGGACGUGGAUGUGGACGUGGACGUGGACGUGGACGUGGACGUGGACGUGGACGUGGACGUGGAUGUGGACGUGGAUGUGGACGUGGAUGUGGAUGUGGACUUGGAUGUGGACUGCUAAGGCGACGUGAAGACUUUUGUACAUAGUGCUGCUGUAUCUGAUAUUUAAAUCCUGUAUGGUCAUAUAUUUAAUUUCUAUACAUCCAUCAGUCUUUCAAAUAUAUUUUAUGGAUUAAAAUUCUGCUGGUGGAUUUUGGUUUCCCCAA